AUGCCUACCAAGCACAUUGACAACAAGCUUCUUCUGGCAGGAUUGGAGACGAACUGGGAUACUUCCGACCGCUUGGCCGUGCCGAGUCUGAGCAUUCCCAGAGCUGGCAUGUAUGAUCGACCACCGCUCAGUCCAUGUCCUUCAUACACAUCGCGAUCGAGUCCCACGAUGAGCUCUUCCUCCACGACCGAAUGGAAGUAUAACAAGCCGCUUCCCCCGUCAGGCUCGCCUGUUGGAGAGUCUCUGCCGCUCUACAGCUCGCGACCGCAGACACCUAGACCUAUGACUCCAAGGUCUAUGCCAUCGCGAUCGACAACGCCACAGCCAUCAAUGGCACCUCAACCUCUUACUCCUCGAUCAGUAACCCCCCAGCCUCUGAACCCUCGCCCCAUGACCCCUCAGCCGUCACUGGCCAGGCCGAUGACUCCGCAACCAUUAAACAUGCGACCUAUGACUCCCCAGCCGUUGAACACUCGGCCCAUGACCCCUCAGCUUCCGACGGGCCGACCAAUGACCCCCCAGCCGUUGACUCCUCGGUCUUUCACGCCGCAACCUAACGAUCAACGUUCACUUAACCCAGAAUUCUCCUUGGCCGCCGCUGCGGCAUUGGACGCAUUUCCGAACGAACCUUCAUGGCCACAGCACGUUGACGCUUCAUCUACCACAGGCCUUUUUCCUCCAUACCAUUCUGAAAAGGGCCUCUUUCCUCCGUACAGCCCGAAUACUAGCGCACCAGCUCAAAACCGUUCGGACGGGCCCUCAAAGCAACCAUCAAAGAAGUCAUCGGAGCAAAGGCUAUCCGCUAAAGACGACGGCGAAGAGAAGCCCAUAUGGCGAACACUCAAAGCGGGAGUGCGACGCGUUCUCACCACUAAAGCUUCAUCUUCAAAUUUGAAGAAACCCAAGUCUCAGAAUGACCGGAGAGCAUCCAUCAUCGUUCGGAUGUCCACGAAUCCGCAACAGUCACAAGAGUCAGGAGACCAGCAGCAUGAUUGGAUGCAAAAUGUUGAGAAACAGGACGAAGAGCGAUAUCAAGAUGCGGUCAGCCGCAUGAAGAAUGUGCUUGCCAGUCUCUUGGAGGAUGGGUAUUCAAUGGACGCGAUUCUUCAAGCCGAAGCGAACCAAAAGUUUCUCCGGUCCCUCUUCUUAAGAGUCCAAAAUGACCCUCUUCUCGGCUUGGACGUUGCGCCACCAGCACCACCAACGCCUACCAGUCCUCUACCUCCACUACCCUUCUCUCAGACCCAUCCUCCCCCUACCCCUGCUUCACCCGCCCCUACCUCCAAGACCCGCAAGACCGGCGCCGAGGACGAAGACGCUUGGGAGUAUGUUGGCUACGAAGAUGACGCCACGAUGCAGGACGACGGUCCAUCAAUACACUUUUUCAACCUCGGCGAAAAUCGAUCGGACACCUCCAGCAUCUACCCACGCUACACCAAGAUGAUGGCGGAGAUUGAGGACGACUUAAGCAAAGCAUUCCCACCGACCCGCUGGAGUCUGACCAAGCCCGGCCUAGAAGAAAUGACCCUGCAAAUCCUCCUCCAGAUCGACGAUCUGGACGAUCUCUUCGCCUUCGCCCAGGUCAACCGCGCCACUUACCAAGUCUUCAAGCGUCACGAACUGCCCCUGAUGCAGAACACCAUCCGCCUCAAAUCCCCCGCCGCCUGGGAGCACCGCCAGAUGAGCGACAUCAACUCGCAGGAAUCGUCCUCGGAGGAAGAGCCCUUCACGGCCGCGAUCUACUACCGCCACUACACCCGCGACCACCGCACGCUCGCCACGCUGAAGGGCCUGAUGAUGACCCACUGCCGGGCCGUGAUGCGCUCGGCCUCGUACACGGCCCUGUCGCGGCCGGCCAGCCCCGCGGCCCGCAAGAUCGACAACGCGAUCUGGCGCGUCUGGACCUUCUGCCACCUGUUCGGCAUGCAGACGGGCCGCGAUCACGACAUCGACGGCCAGGUCAGCUGGCUGCGCGGCGAAGUGCGCUCCCCGUUCCAGCCCUGCCCGGACCCCAACGACGUCUGCAGCAUCCUGUUCGACCCGCCCCCGGGCUUUGGCGAGGGCAACAACAACACCAAUACCCCCGGCGGCCUCUCCGUGACCGACAUGCAGGACAUGGACGAGGUCUGGACCUGUCUGAAGUACAUGUUCGGCUUCCUGCGCGGCGAGACCGAGCGUGCCCGCCGCUUCGGCGUCUUCGCCAACGCUAGCAUGAUCAUGCUGCACGAGUGGAUCUAUUACCUGAUGACCCUGGGCCCGGAGGCGGUCGUCGAGCUCGCCCCCUUGGGCCCGGAUACCCAUGCCGAGACGACGUUCCAGCGCGCCAUGUCGCGCGGCUGGACGACGUGGUCGGCGCCUCGGCCCGGCGCCACGCGGAGUGCUUUCUUGACUGAUGCGUUGGGUCGGGUGUCUGGUGGGCUGCGGCGGUUGGAGGAGUUGCAACGCGAGCUGUGGUAUAAUUAUUUGUGA